AUGUAUGUCAUAUUUUUGGUACUUGUAGCAUUGGCUAAAGUUAAUUCGCUAAAUACUUCAUCGAUAGAAAAAGAUCCUUUAACAGGUUGCCUUCAUGAGAUUGUAGAACACUAUAGCUACCACACACAUAUUUUUGUAACAAGCGCAAACUUUUCUGGAAAUGUAAUUCCUAAAUUUUUGAAAAUAAUAAUCAGCUUUAACAAUUUGUACUUAUUAAAUUCCAUCCGUCACACACCCAACUUAUUUACGAUAACUUAUGACUCCAUGGAGGAACUAAAUAAUACAUUUCUCACAAUAUAUACAGCAAGAACAUAUUUCAAACCAAUUUUAUCUAACUUCAUUGUUAUUACUACAAACUCCAAAGAUUUGCAUCAAAUAACGCAGUUGUUGUGGAAGUACAGUUUCUUCAAGAGUUUGGUUCUACUACAUAAUAAUUUAAUUGUAGAAUUAUACGUUAUUGAUUACAAAAAUAGUAACUGUGGGAAAAUCAUAAAAUAUAAGAAAAUUAACGAAUGCACAGGCAAGAAGUUCAAACGUGAAUUAAAACCGAUCAAACCAAAUAUGAAAGAAAGUUUUAAUCAAUGUUCCAUGACUGUGGGAAUUUUACAUGGGCCCCCGAUGAUUUUACAUAUUAACGAAUCCUACCCAGGAAUAAUACCAGAACUAUUAAAUGCAGUUAGUUCUGCAAGUGGUUUUAUAUUUAAUUAUGAUGAAGACGAUUGUUACACGGAUGCUCUUAAAGACUAUAGAUUUGAUUGCAUUUUGGAGCACUUUGAUACUGGCAAAAUAGAUCUUGUGCAAUACGUAAAUUUCUUUUUGACACAUAAACUGCUGUUUGUCACUAUGUUAUAUAGCCAUAUAGUUAUGAUAAUACCUAAACCUGAGAAAAUACCGUAUUGGAAAACCAAUAUAUUGGUGUUCCAAUUACCAGUGUGGAUCUGUAUAUUGGCCAUUAUUCCAGUAUUAUCUGUCAUAGUUUUUAGAUAUGCCCAUUUUAGAAAAAGUACAGAUAAAAAGAAUUUUGGGUCAUCUUUGGUCAAUAAUAUUUUGAUUAUUGUUGGACUUAACCUGAACGUAGCGGCAAAUAAGUUACCGAAAUCUUGGAAUUUGAGAAUUUUACUUGGUUUUUAUAUGUUUUUCUGCUUAUUGGAACUGACAUACCGGCAGACAAAAAUAACAAGCUUCUCGACAAUAUCUAUGCAUGAAAAACGAAUUAAAAGUAUAGACGAGCUUGUAGAUUCCGAUAUUCCAGUCAAAAGUUUUAGCAGCAGUGCGAUGGUCCUACCUGACAACAGUCCUUUGUUGUCGAAAAUCGAAUAUUUAACUGACUCAGGCUACGAAAAUUUAACUCUUAGAGCUUCUGAAGAAAGGUUUGCAACUAUAUGGGGAGAAAUUGGUUUCGUGUCUCAACCCUUUCUUUAUGAACUAAUGGAUUAUUUUAGUCUCUGCAUGUAUCAGUUGGGUUUUUAUAUGCCCGAAACUCACAUUUUCUACGAACACUUUGAGUUGUCGAUGCGGAGGGUUAUACAAUGUGGUUUUUUAGAAAUGCUGUAUGGAAAAUACAAAAACUAUUUCAUGCUUAAAUACAGACAUGCUUAUCCAAGUAAAGAUUCGAAUGUUAAAAAAGACUUAAAAGGUUGUAUGUUUAUGUUUAUUGUAUUGCUUGCUGGAUAUUCUGUAUCAUUAUUAAUAUUUGGGAUAGAACUACUUAUGGCAAAAAAAUGGAACUUACUUGCAAAAAAAUAG